GUCGUAAAGGGAGGUGUGGAUCAGCUGAGGCAGACUGUAUAUAAACAGUGGUAGCUGAAGCCUCUGACAGCUGAUCCUGAGCAUAGUUGUUGUUCUGUCACCGUCUGAAGACCUCAAGUUCUCCGGAGGAAUUUGCUAAAGUAAAGAUCACAAGGCCACUUUGAUCAUGGACAUAACCAUCUGCAUGCUGAACGGGACUUCCCGCACCCUGAGGGUGCACCCUGAGGACACAGUGGGGUCUCUGAAAAUUCUCAUCCAGGACAAACUAGGAUUUCCCUCUGCAACGCAGAGGCUGGUGUUUGUGAACGGCAUGAACACCGAUCUCAGCGACGACUCGAGGCCCCUGAGCUCCUACGGCUUACGAUCUGGCGCCAGGGUGUCCCUGCUGGUGACCCAGCCGGCGACCGUCCAGGUGUUCCUCAGAAACGAGAAGGGGAAGUUGAGCACAUAUGACAUCCAACGCGACGAGACUGUGAGCCACUUCAGGAGCAGGGUCGAGAGCAGAGAGGGGAUUCCGGUGAGCCAGCAGAGGCUCAUUCACCAAGGCAGAGAGAUGAACGAGGGCAGACUUUCCGAAUACAAUGUUGAAGCGCUGAGCACCAUCGACCUGGGUCUCCGUCUAAGAGGAGGCUGAGGACACUUUCAUAUAGUUCAUAUUCUGUACAUUCCUUUAUUUAAUCUAAAUCAAGAUCUGACAGCCUCAAAUGCCAUAUUUCGUAUUUAUUUGUAUUUUCAUUUGGAAAAAGCAAUGCAUUCCAAGAGUAAUUCUGCCAUAUCUAAAAAAUGAUCAUAACGUUCACACACACACACAACACAGUAUGUUAGAAUUGUAUUUUGACAUGUUUUAAUAUAUUAACUGGACACUGUUUAAAAAAAAAAA